GUGUCUGAGCCUGUCACCUUCCUCUAUACAGCUCAGAAAUCUCUCUACUCAGGCAGUCCAUUCCCGUCCGCUGGACACAUCACACAGCUCUUCAAUGCCCCGUCCUCCUCUUCACCCCAAGACUUGGACCGCUGACCUCUUCUGGAGACCAUGAGGAAUCUUCUGUGUGCCGCCAUCUUCAUCCUCCUGCAGCAGCAACUCUUCAUGAGUGAGGCCAUCCCUCCUACAUGGAGCCGGGAAAUAUCAGACGAUGGCGAUGAGCGUCCCGGAGCGGCCGACGCACAAAAGGCGCUCUAUGAGGACCAGGCUGAAUACACGGUCCGGAUCCAAGACAGAGAUCACAUCCUGAAACUGACCAAGGCCAGAGAUCUCCUGCCACUGGAUUUCACUGCAUCCUAUUAUAGAGGAGAAGGAGAAUUGGUCACCGAGUCCCCGAGACAUCUGGCCCAUUGCUGUUACACGGGAACGGUGGAGGGAGUUGCGGAAUCCUCGGCCUCUCUAUGUACCUGUCAUGGGCUCAGUGGCUAUAUCACCAUCAGAGAUGACACUUAUGUCCUUGAUCACCACCCUUCUUCUGGAUCCUUGUCACCUGUGGCCACCAUGCUGAGGAAGAGGACGCCACCGCCCGACUCUCAUGACCGCCAGACACGUUCCUUGUAUUUUACUGCCACCAAGGGUCAGCGAGAGAACUACAACAUUGAGCUAUUCCUGGUCGCCGACAAGAAGGAGUUCCAGCGUCAUGGGGAGGAUCUGGAGAGGACCAGACAGCAUCUCAUCUCCGUGGCUCAUCACCUCGGCCAGAUCUUUUCCAAGAUCGGCUUCCAGGUUUUUCUGGUCGGGGUGGAGAUCUGGACACAGGAAAAUCGAGCUUUCAUCUCGGAAACCGCGCACAGCACCCUUCAGCACUUCCUGCGGUGGCGGAUGGAGGAACUUCUACCUCGCAAACAUCAUGAUAACGUCCAACUGAUCAGCGGAGCGCACUUCAGGAACCACGCCCUGGGAGAGGCGUUUCUAGGCAAGAUGUGUACCAGGGGUCAGAGUGGGGGUAUCAUCAAGGACACGGGACUCAGCGCCAGAGAACUCGCCAAGUAUGUGGCUCAUGAGAUGGGUCACAAUCUUGGAAUGAGCCACGAUACGGAGAACUGCUACUGCCCCGCUGCCAAAGGGAAAUGCCUACUCUCCCGACGUACUGGAUGCAACAUGAAUGACCUGUUCAGUGACUGCAGCCAUCGUUUCCUCAACCGUUUCCUGGAAGAGAAAAACGUCACCUGUCUGAAGGACCGACCGCAGACCUACAUAGACGAACCAAAGUUGCACACACAUUCUACUGGCUACAGUCCAUUAGAGGCAGUUGGGAUGGUCUCGGUAGUCCUCUGUCCGGUGGUCUUCCUCAUGCUGCUGGUCAUCAUUUGUAACAUGAAACUCUUACCAAGAAGAAAAGUGAAAAUAGUAAGGACAAACUUUCCAUCGUGAGUUGAGGAGAACCUUGCCUUGGUUUUUAUCUGUAUCUGAAGGGGUUUGUAUUUGGAUAUCAUUUAUUCUCUCCCUUCAGCCAUUUAAUGCCUCAGACGUCUUUGUCUCAGAAACCUGGAUGGUAAAUUUUUGGUUAGAGUAAAAAGCCAUUCAUGGACAUCGGAUCAUGUACCUGUUCAAAAUGGAGGAGCAGCAGUCUACAGUCGUAGCCAGAAGACAUCACAUGGAUUUUGGUCAGAGUCGUUACAGGGACUUUUGACUUUUUCUUGUUGUCUUGUGUAGGAUUGCCAAUAUUCCUACUUACUUUGGUUGUGGUUUGGUAGGUUAUCAGCUCUCAGCUUUAGAACAAAUUAACCUAUAUGAAAUCUCAAAAGCCAAUACUGGAUCCUGUUGUAAGUAAUUUUCCAGCAGCAACCCGAUUCUUCCAGAGAGAUGCACUUUAUUGACUUCCAAUACAGAAAAAAAGUCUUAAUGAUUGACAUUUGUCAAUACUUGGGGACUGUAGGUUAAGAAGAACGGAGGGAUGGUGCAACACACUCCUGAAAGUGAGAGAUGUACCCAUAGUAAGGGACAGUUGGCAACCCUUUAAUUGAGGAAUCACGUGGUAGACCAGUCUUCUAAGUUGGGUUUAGUUAUGAAGAAGGUCCAGCCUUCUGUGACUUCAUGGGAUACAAUACUGUGAAAAUGAAUUCUUCUACCUCAACUACAAUAAUAGCUAAUGUACAAUGGUGCUUUUUGAACCCUAGCAGUUUUAAAUGUUUUAUUAUAUACAAGAACAUGUCCCUGUCCCUUAUAUUAAAUUCAAAACUAUUAAUCCUGAA